AUGCUAGGGCCCAGACUCCCUUUGUCCUCAUCCCCAGGUGGCUCUGUCUGCACAUGUCCCACAUUGCCCAGCCCCCUCUGGAAGUCGCCUGGCCCCUGAGACUCCCGGUCACCUCGGGUGAGGGUGAAGUAGAGGUCGCGCGUCUACACUGGAGCCUAGCACUUCCCCGCCCCCACCCCUUUCCUGGAAGCCCAUGCUGGGUCACCACUUGCAGGUGGUAGCGGCCCCGCCCCUCCCCCUUCCGCCUUAAAGGGUCGCGUCUCCCCAGGCCUCCCAGGGGCAUAGACAGCACGGCCGCAGGACGGCACACCCAUGAGGGCUCCGUGGGCGCGGGUUCUAAUCCUGCCCGGGUGUGGUGUGGCCUUGUAGACUCUUGGCCUCAGUUUACCCCGCCUCGGAAGUGGGGACUGGCGCCGAGUACCCGCGCUAGAGUGGGCGCUCAGAGGGGAUUAUCCGGUCGCGGGGAGGGGGCGGGGCCGCAUCCCGGAGGGGCUGCUUCACCCACCGGUCUCCCCGAGCCCCGCCCUCCCCACGAUGACCGCUCACGUGAUCCUGCUGUGGCUCCUCGCCGCCUCCGUCCUGGGGGACCCGGACUCCGCGGGCAGGCGGCCCGGGCACCAGGUCCCCCAGCACCGCGGGCGCCUCUGCUCCCUGGGCACGUGCCAGGCCCACCGCCUGCCGGAGAUCAUAUACUGGCUCCACUCCGCCUCCACCAAGGAGCCCUCGGGGAAGGCUGGCCGCCAGCCCCAGGACCCCCGCAGCUACGGGCGCCGCCGGCGGCGCGGGGCCACAGUCCCGGGGCGUCUCCAGGACCCCAGCCCGCGGCAACGAAGCCCACGCAGUGCCCAGCUCGCUGCGUGAUGGUGGGCACGUCUCUGCGCCUCUCCU